AUGGCAUUCAAAUCGGAGAAGGACAAGCUCCUCAAAGUUCUUCGAAGUGAAAUCACAACACCGGAGCUGAAGACAGGGCAUGGAAAUUUCUCCCUGUUCGGCAUUGGUUCCAACGGCGAAGACUCGCCCAUUGUGACAUCGGACUCUGAUGAAGAGGUUGUUGUACAUACGCACGAGAGCAUGUUGGCUUCGUUGGCGAAGCAAUUGGAGAUUCAGAAAGAAGUUACCGAGAUAUGCGAGCGAGACUUGGCCUAUCGCACGGAGAUUAUCGAGCUGUUGAGUGCUCGAAUCAUCCAGCUCGAGGCCGAGUCUGAGACGUGGAAGGAGCAGCGCAAGUCGUUUGCAGCACUGAGGGAGAAAAUGGUCUAUCUCGAACAGUUAUAUGGUGGAGAUGGGGCCAGAGAGCUCGAACAGGCUACACAUAUAGACGGCCCUGUCAUUCCAGAGGACCAAACUCUCGUAGAGAUUACGUAUCUCGAAACCCUCAAGAGCCAGGUCGACAAAAGUCGUGUGGAUAUGCAAAAUUGGACUAUCCGCAUCUCUGAACUGGAAAGUCAACUUGAAGAGGUGCGAGAGGAGUCGUCGGCGUCACGAGUUGCGUAUGUAAGACUCGACGAGGAGAAGCGCGAGUGUGACAGAAACUAUGAAUCUCGUAUUUCCUCUCUUCAAGCAGAGCUCGACACUCUUCGAGAGGCAGGGGCGAAGGCAUCAGCCAGGAUUGAAGAGCUCUCAGGUGCACUCGAGCGUGCCGAUGAGCAUAUGGAUGCUCUUACGGUCGAGCUCAAAUCAGCAGAGGCGACACGCGACGCCUCACUUGCUGCUGCAUCUGCAGAGGCUGCAGAUUUUGCCACUCUCAAAGGCCGUAUUGCCGAGUUUGAGGCUCAACAUGCCAUUUGGGAGCAACAACGUGCAGAGUAUAUGACAAGCUUGGGGUCGAGCUCGAAACGAUUGGCCGACUCGGAAGCCGCUUUCUCGACAGCAUCAUCUCGCAUCAAGGAACUGGAGGUAGAACUAGAUGCAUCCAAGGCCGAGAUCUCAAGUCUCCUUCAAGCUCACAAGGAGGCCUCUGAGCGCUUCGAGCAGAUUCGUGCUGGAUUGGAGACGAAAUUGAUGACCUCAGUUGAAACAUCACAAUCCGAAAUUGCUACGCUACAAGCAGCUCUCCACCAAGCCGAGAUGGCGAAAGCGGAUGCAGAUCAGGAGCUGUCGAAACUCCAAGCUGCUGUAUCCAGCCACGAAGAAGAGGUCGCCGGCUAUACUACCCUUAUUCAAGAACUCCGUGAUAGCUCUGAUGGACUCAACCAACGCGUUGGAGAACUUCAAGCCGAGUUGGAACAGGCUAAGCAAACUCUUGUGGAGCUCGAGGCAACUAAUGCCUCGAGUGAAGCCGCUGCAGAAGAGAAAUAUACAAGACUACAUGCGGAAGAAGCUGCAGCCAAAGCGAGCGCGGAAGCCCAGGUUCGCGAACUCGAAACGCAGAUCAUUUACAUCAAGGAGCAAUGCUCUCAUCAUACAUCCGAACUCGAGCAAGCAAAGUUGCAGCUCGAGGAGCUUGGGGCCGCCCAAGGAAAGGCGGCCGAAGCGGCGCAACGCAUCACUGAGCUUGAAGAUCUGCUUUCCUCCCGUGAAAGCCGUGUCAAUGAGCUCGAGGCCGAACUCGGUGAUAUAAAGGAGCGAGUUCAGGACUAUGAGCGACGUCAACAGGAAGCUACGGACGCACUCGAGGUUGCAAAGAAGGAAUAUGCCGCGUCUUUGGCAGAAUACGACGGUCGUCUCUCAGAUAUGACGCUGGGAGCCUCCACCAAUGCGUCUCGACACGCUGCUUUGGAGAAUGAGGUUUCGUCUCUGACCGCCAAGGUUGCAGCUCUCGAAGGCGACCUUGAGGCAUCAAAAUUGAGUGAAGAGCAGCUCAAGAAAGACCUCGAGGAACAUAUAGAGGCACUCGGCCGUGACGACGUUCAAAAGCUCAAUGAAGCAGAGUCACGUGUCGCUAGUCUCAGUCAGUCGCUCGCGAUGGCUGAAGAAGAGAACCAAACCUACCAGUCUCGUAUCGUGGAGCUCGAGCAGUCAGUCGCAACCACAGAGUCAGAGGUGACAAAGAGGUUUGAAUUACAACUUCAAGACGCUGAAACGAAGAUCACCAAUCUCCAACUAGCGUUUGAGCACAAAUCGUCCGCUCACGCCGAAGCGCAAGAGAAGUGUUCGAAAUUGGAGAGCAAUCUGGAAGAAAAGACUGCAGCUCAAAUCGCUCUAGAACAGCGGCUAUCAGAACUCCAGAAGCAGUUUGACGAUAAAAUGAGAUCUCUGGAGCAACAAUUGGGGCUCAAGGUGCUUAGCGUAACUGAGUUGGAGGAGAUUAUCGAAACGCUAAAGACGGAAAAGGCUGCUGUUGAAAAGAGGGCCCGCUUGGAUGUUGAAGAGCUCAGGUCCCAAAUGGCAGCCAUUUCGGAGCAAUCCGAGUCUACCGAGCUUCAGACAGCUCUGGACAAGGCAAAGGCGGAUAUCGUGCAACGCGACAAGGAAAUAGCCAUGCUCAAGAAGGAAGCGAAGGAAGAGGGACGUCGGUCCUCCAUCGACGAGUCUUCCCUUCAAGAUCUCUAUGCAGAACACGAGCGGCAAAUUUCUCAGAUGGAGCAGGACUAUGAUGACCUUCGUAUCGAGAGAGACGAAAUCAUCGCCGAGCGAGAUGCGAUUGAAGCAGAGAAAGAUGCUCAUCAAGCGCGUUGCCACGACCUUGAACACAGAAUCAAAGAGCUGGAAUCCAAGCACGGCUACUCUAUGACGAGUCCGGUGGAGAUGACCGACCAAGAGAGGGCAACACUGGUCGAGUUACAAAUUAAGCUUCGGGAGACUGAGCAAAAACUUCAAAAGACGGAGCGUGCCCUAGUCAGGCGCUCAAACUCUGCCGAGUCAAACGUUUCGGAGAGAUCGCGCGACUCUCUCAUCAUUGUAGAGACUGUGGAUGAGAAAGGGAACUCUGAAGUUCGCGAAGUGCGGAACAUUGGCAGCGACGCUGGAAGCGAUACGGCCUCUGACGUGACGGCUGACCGUUCCACUCUGGCAGCAUCAUACUCGUUGGCGUCUACAACAUCCUCAGUUGCUGAACUGGAGGCGGCGAAUGCACGGGCAGAGCAAGCGGAGAGAGAAGUACGCCGACUGAGCCUACUGCUACAGAGUCACCAGCCCUCCAGCUCGUCAGUCAAGUCUCAAGGAUCCUCAAGUUCGCAACAAUCGCAACAGUCACCACAUGUAGACGAGCAUGGGUCGCUUUUCCGUCGGCUUUCGAGACAUGAUUCCAAGUCUUCCCAUUCCAGUCACUCGAGCAUGUCGAUUGCAGCUGCUCUUUCUGGAGCCAGUCGUAUGGUUGGAAGCAUCGGGCACGGAGACGCGCCCGGCAUCUUCCCAGAGAGAAUCCGAAGGGUUUCAAGCCAUUCCUCGCACCAUGAUGACGAACACCACGAGAAGCAUCAUCAUGAUAUUUCCAAUCCAUUCUUGCUCUUUGCUGGCCGUGAUCGAAAAGAUUCGACCAAAUCUCGCCGUUCCGUCUCAGUAUCCUCCCUUCCGCCAUCCGUCGCAUCCCCUACCACGCCCGACACACCUCAGGGAUCCAGACUGCGUGAGUCGAUGCGAGGCGCUGAAAGCCCCAUCUCGCCCACAAAGUCGAUGGCUGCAAUUGAACGCGAACGCAAAGCUCGAGAAAAGGCUGAACGCUUGGAGAAAGAAAGGCAAGAGAAGGCGGCCAAGAUUGAAGCGGCCAAAGCUGAAAAGGCAGCGAAGAGGGAGGCGGAACGACUCGAACGCGAACGUAAGGAGAAGGAGAGGAGGGAACGCCUCAAGGCGGACCCCAACGGACUGGCACGGCUUACAGCGAUGAGACAAGGGGCGGGCACUUACUAUUCGACAUGA